AUGGCGGGCAACGACCACCGGCAUGCGCCUGAAAAGAUUGAAUCCACUCUCCCCACCACGAUCUCCUACUUUCGCCUUGUCUUCGACCAGGGCGUGGUCACCCAGCAGAUUGCGGACCACCCAUACCCCGGCUCCGGCACAGAAGAUGAUCCCUAUGCUGUGACAUGGAUCCCUGACGACCCUCGCAACCCAAUGGGUUUUAGCGAGGUGAAGAAGUGGUCGUUCACUGCUAUUGUGGCCAUUGCUACGCUGGCUGUCGCAUUGGUCUCCUCCGCCUACACUGGCGGUGUCGCAGAGAUCGAAGAGGAGUUCGGCAUUGGAAACGAAGUUGCCACUCUCGGUGUUUCACUCUUCGUUAUGGGGUUUGCUAUUGGUCCCCUGCUUUGGGCUCCCCUUAGCGAGUUGUUCGGCCGUCAGUUCCUCUUCAGUACUACCUACUGCGCCCUCACGGUGUUCAACGCUGCCUGCACCGGCUCCAAGAAUGCCUGGACUCUUAUCAUCCUCCGUUUCUUCGCCGGUGCCUUUGGGUCAUCGCCCCUGACCAACGCCGGUGGUGUGAUCGCCGAUAUGUUCCAGGCGAAGCAGCGCGGCAUCGCAAUGAGUCUCUUCGCUGCUGCGCCCUUCCUCGGUCCUGUUCUGGGCCCCAUUAUUGGAGGUUUCCUGGGCAUGAACAAGGGUUGGAAGUGGGUGAUGGGUUUCUUGGCCAUUUUUUCUGGUGCGGUCUGGAUUAUGGGCUCUUUGCUUAUUCCAGAGACCUAUGCACCCGUGCUGCUGCGCCGUCGUGCCGAGAAACUCUCAAAGUUGACCGGCAAGAUUUACCGCAGUAAGCUCGAUAUCGAGCAGGGCAAAGUCUCACUGAAGGAAUCGUUCAAGCUUGCCUUGUCCCGUCCGUGGAUUCUCUUGUUCCGCGAGCCUAUCGUCUUCCUGCUCUCCCUCUAUAUGGCUAUCAUCUAUGGCACCCUGUACAUGAUGUUUGCUGCGUUCCCGAUUGUGUACCAGCUGGAUCGUGGCUGGAAUCAGGGUGUUGGAGGCUUGGCGUUCUUGGGUAUCAUGGUUGGCAUGUUGAUUGCCGUUGCCUACACCCUCUGGGAUAACAAGCGGUAUAUCCGUACCCAAGAAAAGCACGAUGGCUUCGCGCCGCCCGAGGCCCGUCUUCCCCCUACGCUGAUUGCCUGUGUUGCAAUCCCCAUUGGGCUGUUUUGGUUCGCCUGGACCAAUUACCCCUCGAUCCACUUUAUGGCUAGUAUCGCGGCCGGUGUGCCUUUCGGCUUCGGUAUGGUCCUCGUCUUUCUCGGCAUUAUGAACUAUCUUAUCGACGCCUACACCAUCUUCGCCGCCUCCGUCUUGGCUGCCAACUCCGUCAUGCGCUCGCUCUUUGGUGCCGCUUUCCCUCUGUUCACAAGCUAUAUGUACAACGACCUCGGUAUCCACUGGGCCUCUUCGGUCCCCGCCUUCAUGGCUCUCGCCUGUGUGCCUUUCCCUUUCCUGUUCUACAAGUACGGCUCCGCGAUUCGCAAGCGCUGCAAGUUCGCCGCCCAGUCGGAAGCCUUCAUGCGCAACAUCCAGGAGCAGGCCACUGCCACCAUCGAGGAAGAAGAAGCAGAAGAAGAAGUGAAGUUCGACCGCACCGAGGCCCCCGCCCCGCGUGAGUCCUCUUUGUCGAGCUCCACUCUCGACGGGGAGCCAUCCACCCAGCACUCCGUCUCCCGCAGCCGCGCUCACUCGUCUGCCGCGUCAGCCCGCACGAUGGGCUCGCUGGCUCGUGUGCCAACCUACGAGGGCAACCCGUACGAUGUUGACCGUGUCAACACUCGCGAGUCCUUCAAGCAAUGA